GACAAUUGACUCUUCCUCCCACUCACCACGACAAUAAAAAGAAAAAAAUUAAAAGAAAAAUGAGGAAGAAAGCCCUAAUUAACUUUCUCUUUCUAAAAUAAACCAUCGUCUUCCCCAAAUCUACCCUUCGAUUCAAAUUUAUUCCCCUGUAUAUCCCCCAUGCAUUCCACCUGAACCCUAUAUAAGAAAUUCCCCAAUUCAAUUUAUACCAGAAAUGUCAAAUACACUGGAAAAAAGCCCGAACCAGCUAAUCUCGCCGACGAGUUCACUUUCUGUAACCGAGACGGUAAACGGGUCGCACCAUUUCUUAAUCCAGGGGUACUCUCUGGCGAAAGGCAUGGGCAUCGGAAAACACAUAGCCAGCGAUUAUUUCUCCGUCGGAGGUUACCAGUGGGCAAUUUACUUUUACCCCGACGGUAAAAAUCAUGAGGAUAAUUCCACUUAUGUGUCGGUUUUUAUUGCGCUGGCGAGCGAGGGCACGGACGUGAGGGCGUUGUUCGAGUUGACCUUGGUUGAUCAGAGUGGGAAAGGGAAGCACAAGGCGCACAGCCAUUUUGAUAGGUCGCUUGAGAGCGGGCCUUAUACUCUUAAAUACCGAGGCAGUAUGUGGGGAUACAAGCGGUUUUUCAGGCGAGCUCUACUAGAAAAUUCGGAUUUUAUAAAAGAUGAUUGCUUGAAGAUCAACUGUACUGUUGGAGUUGUAGUCUCUGCUAUAGAUUGUUCAAGGUUACAUUCGAUUCAAGUCCCUGAUUCUGAUAUUGGAGCACAUUUUGGCAUGCUGCUGGAAAACAUGGAGGGUUCUGAUAUUAUUUUUAACGUGUCUGGUGAGAAAUUUCAUGCCCAUAAGUUAGUAUUGGCUGCCAGAUCCCCCAUACUUCGAUCUGAAUUUUUUGAAGAAUUAGAUGAGGAUAAGCAAGAGAUUACUGUUUCAGAUAUGGAGCCUAAGGUUUUUAAGGCUAUGCUGCACUUUGUAUACAGAGAUGCCCUCGUGGAAGACGAGCUGAUGGCAUCUAGCUCUUCUUCUGCUCCCAUGGUAUCUGACACGUUAAUAGCGAAGUUGCUGGCUGCAGCUGAUCGUUAUGAUCUGGCAAGACUUAGACGCAUGUGUGAAUCUCAUCUCUGCAAGGAUAUAUCCGUAAAUUCUGUUGCACAGAUACUUUCUUUGGCAGACCGUUAUCAUGCUGAAGAACUAAAAGCUGUAUGCCUUAGAUUUGCUGCUGAAAACCUUGCUGCGGUCAUGCGUUCAGAUGGCUUUGAAUAUCUUAAAGAAAAUUGCCCGGCCUUACAAUCAGAGAUAUUGAAGACUGUGGCUGGCUGUGAUGACGAUUGCAGUAGUAGCGGUGGCAAGUCUCGAAGUGUUUGGGCCCAGCUUUCUGACGGUGGUGAUACAAAUGGCAGGAGGGUAAGACAACGGACUUGAUUUUGGUUUUAGUAUACCCCCUGUAUAAUGAAGAUCGCGUCUUCAUAAUCUGUAAAAAUAUGUAACAGAAAGGAAAAUGUUUCGUAAUUCUGAAAUUUCAUUGCUGAUAGCAGUAAAUUGAAACAAUUGUGAUAUGUUAGGUUUGUUACUGUGGUUUGAGGUUAAGAUGUGUCCUAGUGGGGUGAAUUAUAUCUGGAUUUGAUCCCAGAUAACAUUGUACGUCCUCGUGACAAUUUCUGCUAUCGGGUUGUGUAACUGUCAUUUUAACGAAGGAUAGUUUCUCUGUUGGAUCUCACGUUCAGCAUAAGAUUUGUUGAGAAAAAUGGAUGGGUCAUACAUAUUUUGCACUGCAA